GUGUUAUGCUUUCUGUGCUUCCAGAUAAAAUUGGUAAAGCAUUUGGAAAUGGUACCCUGUCCAUCUCUUCAAGCAGAAAUAAUAAAUUUGCUGAACUCAUCAAUUCUAAAUACACUGAAGAUUUAGUUGAAGCAAUCAGAAUUUUGUAUUGGGUAUAAAUAUAUAUUAUAAAUAUAGCAAUAUUUGCAAAAUAAGGAUCUAACUCUUUAUAUUUCAAGAAUAAUUAAUUUACUUCCUAGAGAAGAUCUUGAAUUAAAGAGAUUAUGCCAAAUUUUGAUUAGUGAGUUUGCAGCUUAACCUAAUGCAAGAACAAGCAAAUCUCAAGGAGAUGUUCUUAUUUUAGCUACAGCUCCAAUUUUUAAGGAUUUAACUAAUUUGAAUACAUCAAUAAAAUUAAAUGCUCUUAAAACAUUAUCAAGUUUGAGAAUAUAAGAACUUACACCUAUGUUAUUUACAGCAAUUAAAAAGAUUUAAGCUGAUAAAAAUCCAUUAGUAAGAAGAAGUGUUGCAAUUUCAAUUCUUAAAAUGCAUGAUAUGUGUAAUGAAGAUGUAUAACAUGAUGAUUACAAUGAUAUUGUCAAUUUUCUACUUAAAGAUACUCAUUAGACUAGAUUAUAUGCUAUUUAUGUAAUUUUUAAAAUGACUGGAGAUCUUUCAAUAUUACACAAAUAUUAUUUUUAACUCAUCAAAGAUUUACUUAAUUUUAAUAAUUUUGAUUUGGAAAAAGCUCUACACAUAUUGUAUUAAUAUAGUGUCAUGUAUUUCAAAUAAGGUGAUAAGGAUCUAAUAAAAUUAUUGGAUGCAUGUGAAAUCCUUCUAAGAUUACCUUAUCCAGGCAUAGUUUUAGCAAUAUCUAGAUUAUAUCUAUAAUUCCCAUAAGAAUCAAGAAUUAAGAAACUAAUUAGAUCUGUUGUUAAAUUUUUAAAUAUUGGAUCUGAAUCCAAAUUUAUAAUUCUUUAAAUGUUACAUUAAUUAGCUCUCUAAUAUCCAUAAUAUUUGAAAGAACAUUAUAGAGCACUUACUAUACUAUAGAUUGAAAAAUUAUAUUGUAAAUUACUUAAAUUAGAAAUUCUAUCCUUAUUGAUAGAUGAAAAUAACUUUAAUAAUAUUUUAGAAGAACUACUUUAUUAAGCCAGAUCUAAUUAACCUUAAUUGGUAGCUGUAGCUGUCAAAUUAUUAUCUAAAACUACUAUUAAAUUUCCAAAAUUUAUUAAACGAACAAUUAAGUCUCUUUUGGAUAUAUUAAAAACGGGUAGUUCUGAUACUAAAAAUCAUGUAAUAGCCUCUUUUUGUAAUUUAAUUAGUACCCAAGAAAGUAAAUUGCCUCUUUUAGCAAUUUGUCUAUAAAAUAUUGAUGAUAUUAGUGAUAUUAGAUAUAAAGCUACUGUUAUAAAACUUCUUAGAUAAGAAAUAGAUUAAAUACCUACAAUUGCUGCAGAAAACUUAAGAAAAUUAUCAUUAAAUUUUUAAUAGUAACAUGAAAACGUUAAAUAUGAAGUAUAUUUUUUAAAUAUUUUGAAUAGAUUUUAUUACUUAGUCAUUAACUAUAAGUCCUUCAUUAAGAGUAACAUAUUGAAUUGCUUCAUUAAUAUAUUAUGACUAUGGCUAAAUUUGAUUCAAGUCUAUUAGUUAGAGAUCUUUAUAGAACUUUAGCAAAAAGUAUAGAUUUUAAAGAAAAUUUUGUGCAGGAAGAAGAGAGCGCUGCUCCUCUAUUAGAAAAUAAUUAACUUCCUAUAGGAUCAUUAUCACAUUUAGUUGGAAUAAAUAUGCCAGGAUUAAAGUUACCUUAAUAUUUAAAUGAAGACACAAGCGAGAAAAGGAAGAUUGAAAUAAUAGUUGUACCUUAAAAAGUUGAGCAGCCUUAAUAACAAUAGUAAAAUCAACAAUAAAAAUAAUAACCUUAAACUUAAAAAUAAUAAACCUAAUAAGUAGAAAAUAAAAAAGAAGUUCUUAAAAAAGUAGAAGAAGAUGUUAAAAAGCAUUAUUAAAAUUUAGAUUAAGUUUUAAAUGAUUUUUUUACAGAUUGA